AUGGGUGAGGGGACCUGGAGAGGUAAGGGGCCUGGAAAUGGCCCUGACAGAGAACUUGUGCUGACCGGGAGAAGGUGGCGCGGAAGGGCACCACAGGCAUUCCACGGGCCAUUCCUCCUCCUCCAUGUACACGCAUACCCAACACACACAUUCCAUGUGACCGCUUCUCAGCCACCACCUUCUGACCAAAGAGAACAGGAGCUCCAAGGAGAACCUGUACCCCUGCCCCAGCCACGCCUUCUUAAGAAGCAGUGUCUGGAGUUGGCUGUUUCCCACCUCCCCAACUACAUGUGCAGCCCAAUGGGAGGCAGGGCCUCUGGUGCGGUUUCCAAAAUGUUCCUCUCCCCUUCUCUGUGGUCACCAUUCAUAACUCAUGUUCGCUUUAAUGAGUUACAUGCUUAUCAGCCACAGGCCAUUACCGCCCUUACAGAUGGGUCUGGGGGCGACAUUCCUGGCCACCCCCUUGCUAGGAAGGACCAGAUGAUACCCAGGAAGCAAGUAGCUCUAGUUUUAACCUCGCAGGAAGCCUCUGCAUCCUCCUUCAUUUCAGCAGGGAAAACUCCCAUGGAGUGGGCCCUACCUGGGGCAUUCACAGGCUUCCAUCUGUAUUCCAUCCCUGGAAAUUGAUACCUUUCUAUAGAGUCCUUUUAUGAGAGCUCAGUGGGAAGGUCUGUCAAGAAAUUCAGGUUCUUGUACAGACAAAUUCAUGCAAAUUUCUAUUAUUUUCACAAAAUCCAGAAGCCAUGGGUAAUCCAAAGACUUAAAGUCUAAAGAUGGUGGCUUUUUAAACAUGAACACUCCAAAAAAAUCAUUUUUGUUUUGGAUUUGGCUAGAUUCUCUUAUUUGUCCCUUUUUGGCUUAAGUAUCAAUUUCAUUCUACUGAAAUGAUGGAGAGAGGGCCUAAGGUUACUAGGUAAUUGAGCUAAUGGUGCAGGGAAAAUGGUUGAGAAAGGAAGCCUAGUUUUCAGAAGCCUGACACAGAGCUAGUUCACUGUUCUCUACUCCUUAACACGUUAACCAAAGCCUCUUGGGUGUCAAGCAGGCACCCAGGAAGGCACAGGGAAGCAUCAGCAACCAAGGUCGUCUCUGCCCUCUGUAACUGACAUGUUGGUGCCAUCAGAAUCUGAAUUGGAACCUACCUGAAGGGCCCAGUGGAAUAGCUUUUCUGGGGAGUGGAAGGCAUCCUUGAUCACAGAGCUUUGCUGUCGAAUCCUGGAGUCCUGCAACGUGGUGAUGCCUCAGUAGUUGGUGAUCUUGAUCACCUUUGAUGGCUUGUUUUAGUGGAAAGAGCAAGGGACUAGAGGUCAGGAGACCCAGGAUCCAGUCCUGAAGCUGCCAAGGUUAGAUCUUGGCCUAACUUUCUGUUCAUUGCCCCCAAUUUGUCUGGCCUGUAAAAUGAAGGGGGAGAGUUGCACAAACCUAAAACUAUUCUGGUUUUGUUAUACCUAUGGUGCUGCCAGUAGGGGUGGGACUGCCCAUUGCUGGCAAGGAACUGGGAACAGCAGCAAGCAUGGUGAGUGCUGGGGAGCUGGUCGGGGGGUUCUCUCCUGUUUGAAGAAGAAGCUUUCACCAUGGGCUUCAUUAUCUUGUCAGAAGUGUUGUGAAUUAGUUUCCACCAGGGACCCCUUUAUCCCAAACAACAACACAAAAUGCACCCUAAGCCUCAGAGUAAAAUUGAUGUGGGGCUAUCCUUUGGCUAUUGGGUCAUCUGUGCUGCUCCCCACUCAUUUCUGAUUGGUUUGCAAACGUGUCUUUUGCCAGGGCAGGGCAUAGUAUGCACAUAGGCAUAUUAUGUGCCUAGGUUUCAAGCACUGCUUCUGUAAGGGAAAAUGGGAGUAGCCUUCCUCCACCCUGAUCCUUAGGAACAUUCCUCCGGCCCAGGGACAGCUUGCUCUUCUUACCAAGGUGAAGCCUGCAGUCCAAGGUGCCUGGAGCCAGAGGUCGGGGAGUAUGCACAGCUGCCCCCGCCUGAGAAGGAGCAACUUGCAAUGGGAGCCAGUGGAGGGAAAGGGGUACAACAAUUUUGGAAUACAUUCUGGAUCUUGAAAAGGAUCUUGUGAUUUUGGCUGAGCCAUGGUCACUUCCCUCGUAAAGGGCCCAUCCUAUAUCCUAAAUUCUGGAUCCCUCAAAGUCCAGCCACAGAAUUUGCAUGAAGCCAAAAGCCUAGUCAGUGAGAAAGGAAAGGGUCCAAGAUGGGAGCAGUGCUGUGCUCUCAUCACUGUCUUGCUUGGAGUGAAAAUGUUCAUGUGAGCACCCUGUCUUCAGGCAGUAUGCUCUCCCCUCAUCCCAGCAGGGCUACUUUCCUCUUCACUCUGAGGGGAGCUUUAUCUGCUUUCAAAAUGGAGCACAUUGCACUGGAGUUUCGUGCCCUCUCGUUAACGUGUCAGGAGCCACAGUCCCAGGCUCCAUAAAACGGAAUCGAUAUCUCGGUAUACGUGACCCACGUUCAUAGCAAUGUUCGGCCAUUUGGGUUUGAAGAAAGCCGCAUUAAAGCCAAGACCCCGUUUGGAGCGAACUGCCUUGUUCUUUGCUGUGUGGAAGGUUCUGUCCCCACAGCUAAACUCCAGUUCCUCCCUAAGCAUCCUGGCCUCAGAAAUCCUGGCUUCCCCAAGUUAGUGCUGUCUGACCUGAGCCAGGCCACCGCUUGGUGCCUCUACAGGCAACUGCGCGUGUUGAUAAUCGCCCAAAAGGAUUAGUGAAGCUCCUGACCCUGGCAAGGCCAUAAUGAACACUGAAGUGCACAGGCCAAGGGAUGUAACUGAAAGGCAUUUAUUUUUGUGAAGAUGCUAUAAAAUUAGCAUUUAAAUAUCCCAUUCCCUUCUCUUGGCCUCCUCCUAUCCCCCUAUGGUAUUUCUCCUCCUCUCCUCAAGGCCAGGCUUUUUGUGAAAGGCAUUGGCUCACCUUUGUCAGUGUGGUCCUGAUGCUCACUUGUGGGCUGCUGGAGAGGACUGAGAGAUGUGUGAUUUGGUAGGAAGGAGGUGUGUGGGGGAUUAGUGGGGAAUCCCAUUUUUUUGCAUCACUGUGAGGGAGCUCCAGGCCCUGUCCCUGGAGAAAUAAUUGCUGCGCAGAAGUCACAGGCCAUACUGGGCAGUUCUGGUACAAAUCUGCCCUUAAUAAUAAUAAAAUAAUAAUAAUAACUCCAUUUGCAUAGAACUGUCACUCUUUCCUGCCAGUCUGCUGUCCCUACCCUGGUUUUUUGCUGGCCCCAACCACCGGCCUUGUUGAGUACUGAUGGGCCCUGAGCUUUUCUGUUUGCUUCUGGAGCUCUUCAGAUGCUGCCCCCCUGAGAAUACCCUGACUCUGAGGAGAGAGCAGCCAAAAUCCCAAUACAAUGAAACUCCACACAAUCUUGUUAGCAACAGUGACCCAGAAAAUUUUGAGGUGUCCAAUUUCACCAGAAGAGGCCCAGGCCUCCCUGUGGUCACAUUUUCUACCCAGCCAUUCUUGGGAUUGCAACAUCCAUUUCUAGCUCCAGUUGAAUUUUCUCCACCCAGACCCCAGAAAUAAAUGGAUCCAUGAUGAUAAUUAAGAGAAGAGGAAAAAGAUAUUAUUUUUGUUAGGACAAACCAUCGUAGGUUUUUAGCAAUGUGUAUCUGUGUGUCCCUCACACCUUUUCCUAUUCUACUUUUUUCUUUUUUUUUAAAAUAUUAUGUACUAUAUUUUUAGUCUCAAACACACUAUAUAUUAUAUAUAUUUAAUUUUUUUAUAUAUAUAAAUAUAAAUGUUUUA